AUGUUUGGUCCGUUUGAUGAAGGUGCGGGACCGAGUAGUAGCUACAACCCGCCUAUUCUUGAGGAAGAAGUCGAAACGCCAGAUGAUGAAAUCAGAUGUAAUAGCAUUGAAGAGUUGCUGAUUUUCAAUGAAACUUACUCUGAAAUUUUGGAUGUUUCUAUUCAACUCAUAGAGCAGCAGUUAGCCGAUAAUCGCCAGAGACAAAACCAAUUGAAAGAAGAAUAUCGCUUGUACAAUCGUGCUGACAUCACCAAACGAAAAGUUCCAGUGCAUUUAUACAUGCCACCAUAUUUCAAAGAUGAGAACAACAUGUGUCCACCGAUGAGCGCCGAGGCUCGUGAGAAACAAGAGCUGAAAUGGUUCGAUCCGUUGAUGAGAGAAGAGAAAAAGUGGACACCGUCUGAAAUUAGAACACUCCGUGACGCUGUCAAAGAAGCUAUGGUUAGUCAUCAAGUCCAACCACUGUGCUCCAGAAGAGACAUCAUUGUGGGCAAGCUUCGUGUCGCUGAUAUCACAACUACCAACAACGAAAGACGUCAAUGGACUAUGGAACUGGAAGAUUUGAUGAGAAAAAUCAGUUAUAUCAAAGCGAAAACUGAUGAAGAAGUUUUGACAGCUUCGGCUGAUUAUUCAGUUAUUCCAUGGAAUGCUAUCGCCAAUGUUGAUUUCAAAGGAACUCGGACUGAGUGGGCGGUGAAGUCGAAAUGGUGCAAUGAGUUGAACCCGAAAUGGAACAAAGACGCGUGGACUAGUGAUGAGCUCGACAAGUUGAAAGAGCUUCGAGAAAGCCCUAAAUUCGUUUCAUGGCAGCUUCUUGCUCUUAGUCUUGGCACUCGUCGUACGUCGUACCAAUGUAUGGAGAAGUACAAAACUGAAAUUUCUCAGCAUUCGAAAGAAUGGACUCAAGACGAGGAUACGAAACUUAUUGCGCUCACUAAACUGACAUCGAUCAACGGACUCAUCCAAUGGGAUAAAGUGGCUCAAUUCAUGCCAGGGAGAACUCGUCAACAAGUGAGAACUCGCUUUUCACAUACUCUCGAUUCUUCUGUUAAACAUGGACGUUGGACGGACCAAGAAGAUAUGCUUCUUAUAAGUGCUGUCUCUCGCUAUGGCGCCAAGGAUUGGGCGAAGGUCGCUCAAGCAGUUCAAAACCGAAACGAUUCGCAAUGUCGUGAACGUUGGACAAAUGUUUUGAAUCGAUCGGCUCAUGUUAAUGAGAGGUUCACUCUUGCAGAAGAUGAACAAUUGUUAUACGCUGUUAAAGUAUUCGGAAAAGGGAACUGGGCAAAAUGUCAAAUGUUGCUUCCAAAGAAAACACCAAAACAGUUGAGAAGAAGAUAUUUACAAUUGAUUGCAGCAAAGUUGAGACUAGCUGCCGGAUUCUGUAACGCUGUGGACGCGAUGAAAUCAGGAAGACGUGCUCCAGAGGAAGAUGAACUUGAUGAGGAAGACAGACAAGAGGCGGAAAAAAUUCCGAAUGAGCUCAUGAAAGAGAUAUACGAAAAACUUGCAAAAGACAAUCCGGAUGUAGAAGAAUCUCCAGAAGAGUUUUACAAAAGAAUUAAUGAAAUGGAAAUUCCGGCAGCUGCUCGUAUUCGUGUUCUCAAAAACAAUCCGUGUUACAAAACCGUUGAGAACCAUAUCAAUUCCAUUGUUAAGAAACACAAAGACAUGGAAGAAGUUGACAAAGAAUUGAAAUCAAGUCAAAUUCUUCAGUCGCUCAAGCUUUGUGAAACAGAUAUUCGUUAUAUGAUUGAGAAAAGUAAAACUUUGGCUCGUUAUUACAUGGCGAGAAGAUAUCAAAAGAAUGUCGAUCAGAUCGGUUGUCGCGUUCGCCCAAUAAACAUCAAAAUGGAACCUGGAAUUAAGCCAACAAUAAAUCCAGAAGAUACUGAAGAAGAGAAACGAAUGCUUAUUGUUGAGUCGUUGUGCUCUGCUAUUCGCCAACACGACAUGGUUGAUUGGGGUAAAAAGUUUUGGACUGAUCACCGAUUCGAUGCUUCUCGUACUGCCAAGAGAUUCGCUGAGAAAAUGCUCUGCAAAAAGUCGGAUGAAGUUGCUGAGUGGAGUCUUCGUGUUGGGUCGAAUGAUUGCGAUUCGAGUGAUAUUCACUGCCCACCAAAAGCUACACUUCCACCCACUCCCGCUUCGUUUGAUAUGACGAAAAUGAUUCAAAGAGCACGUGCUGGGUUGAAUCGUCUCUCUGCAGAACACUUUUAUCCACUCGAUGUCGGUUUGGAUCAACAACCAAAAUUCACGAAUUUCGAUAGAGAGAAAUUGGAUGAGAAUAGAAGAAUGAAUAUUGGUCUCUCUAGUGAUAUAACCAACAGCACUGCAUAUGCAAAGUUUUACGCCCGCAUGCGUACGGUUCUUCUCGAACCAAUGCGUCUCCAAAUGGCCCGAGAAUCGUCUACUGAAGAAACCAAACGUCUCGCUCUCUGUCUUGCUGAAGAACGUGCUCAUGAAGAAGAGGAAGUGGCAGUACAUAAUAGACUGAGACCUCAAAUGCCGGGCACUUCAUCUACUGUAACACCAACUUCCAUUGCACGUGUUUUGAAUAACGGAAUGAAAAUAGACACCGCUGAUAUUCUGGACAAAGACACUUCUGAAAAAGUCGACAUGAAACGAAAAAUCAAAGCGACCAUUGAUCAAGUUGCGAAAAAACCGUGCCGUAUCACUCCAGCUCCAAGUCACAUCUCUAUCAAUUCUGAAUCCACUGAUAUGUCCUAA